AUGGCGAUGCAACUAGACCUUUCCCAGGCACAAAUUGUGAAAGAUGAGACAGGGAGACCUUUUAUCGUCGUGCGAGACCAGGGGAAAAAGAAGAGAAUACACGGCAUAGAUGCAGUUAAGCAGCACAUUGUUGCGGCUCGCACGAUCGCAAACAUCGUCAGAACCUCGUUGGGUCCGCGGGGACUCGACAAGAUCCUCAUAUCUCCGGACGGGGACAUUCAAAUAUCAAACGAUGGGCGCACAAUCAUGUCCGAGAUGGAAAUCACUCAUCCUAUUGCCAAACUGAUGGUCGAGCUUUCGAAAUCCCAGGACGAAGAGAUUGGUGACGGUACCACUGGCGUCGUCGUCUUGGCUGCUGCUCUUCUCGAUCAGGCCGCAGACCUCAUUGACAAAGGUAUCCAUCCAAUCCGAAUCGCUGACGGGUACGACCAGGCUUGCGAGGUUGCCGUGGCACAUCUGGACAAGAUCAGCGACGAAAUCGCCUUCACUCGCGAGAAGCAGGACAACCUGAUCAAGGUGGCCAAAACGAGUCUCGGAAGCAAGAUCGUCAGCAAGUCUCAUGACCAGUUCGCGAAGAUUGCUGUCGAUGCCGUCAUGUCGGUCGCCGACCUCGAACGGAAAGACGUCGACUUCGAGCUUAUCAAGGUCGAUGGCAAGGCAGGCGGUUCAAUUGAGGACUCGUUACUGGUCAAGGGAGUCAUCAUCGAUAAGGACUUUUCCCACCCACAGAUGCCCAGCGAGGUGAGGGACGCCAAACUGGCCAUCCUGACAUGUGCAUUUGAACCACCCAAACCGAAAACCAAACACAAGCUCGAUAUAUCCACGGUGGAAGAAUUCAAGAAGCUACAACAGUACGAAAAGAACAAGUUUGUGGAGAUGAUCGACAUGAUCAAAGCUACGGGGGCAAACCUCGUCAUUUGCCAGUGGGGUUUCGACGACGAGGCAAACCAUCUUCUUCUUCAAAACAAGCUCCCGGCCGUACGAUGGGUUGGCGGGCCUGAAAUCGAGCUGAUCGCCAUCGCCACCAACGGUCGCAUCGUGCCACGAUUUGAGGACCUAAGCAGCGAGAAACUGGGCACAGCUGGCGUGGUUCGAGAAAUGACGUUUGGUACCACCCGAGAAAAGAUGCUGGUCAUUGAAGAGUGCGCCAACACCCGAGCUGUUACAGUGUUUGUACGAGGCAGCAACAAGAUGAUCAUCGACGAAGCGAAGAGAUCGCUCCACGAUGCCCUGUGUGUUGUCCGCAACCUUGUCAGAGACAAUAGAGUCGUGUAUGGCGGUGGCGCGGCCGAGAUUGCGUGUUCCAUUGCCGUCGAGGAUGCCGCUUCGAAAUCGCCCGGUUUGGAACAGUAUGCCAUGAGAGCAUUUGCCGACGCUCUGGACGCAAUUCCCAUGGCACUGGCAGAGAAUUCUGGGUUGAGUCCGAUUGAGACGCUGGCCGAAGUGAAAUCGCGGCAGAUCAAAGAACAGAACUCUCGACUAGGUGUGGAUUGCAUGGGAACCGGAAACAAUGAUAUGCGGGCAAACUUUGUCAUCGACCCCUUGAUUGGAAAGCGGCAACAGUUGCUCCUCGCGACCCAGCUAUGUCGAAUGGUCCUGAAAAUCAACAACGUAAUUGUGGCGGGCAGCGACGAUAACGACUUCUAG